UUGGGAGGCAUCGGAAAAGGUACACUACUUAAAGAGGUCGACGCACUGGAUGGCAUUGCUCCUAGAGUUGUCGAUAUGUCCGGAAUACAAUUCAAGGUCUUGAAUAGAUCAAGGGGGGCUGCUGUUUGGGGCCAUCGGGCUCAAAUCGAUCGGAAGCUGUAUUUGACAGAGAUGCAGAAACUUUUGAAGGAUUAUCCUAAUCUUAAUAUUUUACAAGCAAGAGUUGAAGACCUGGUUGUUGUCCCAUUCACAAAUGAAUCAGGAGAUAAGAAUAGCUAUGAUGCUAAAAUUUGUGGCGUGGUUUUGUCUGAUGGAGAGAUUUUGCGCUGUGAGAAGGUUGUCAUAACGACGGGUACGUUUUUGAGCGCAGAAAUACAUUUAGGGUUGGAUACUUGGCCUGCAGGAAGAAUAGGGGAAGAUCCAUCUUAUGGUCUGAGUAAAACAUUCCGUGAGGCAGGCUUUCGUUUAGGCAGAUUGAAAACUGGCACCCCUCCGAGAAUAUCUGCUAAAACUGUUGAUUAUUCGAAGGUUGCCGAAGAGCCGGGCGAUAAUCCCCCAGAACCAAUGAGUUUCCUCAACGAGAUUCCAAAAAUUGAGGAUCAGCUACUAUGUUACUCCACUUACACUACCCCGGCCAUGCACAAGCUGAUAUUGUCAAAUCUCGACAAAAGCGUUCAUAUUAGGGAAACAGUCAAAGGUCCUCGAUAUUGUCCCUCUAUUGAAUCCAAACUGAUAAGGUUUUCUGACAAGACCAGACACAGAGUUUGGCUGGAACCUGAAGGAUUGGAUACAGACGUGAUGUAUCCAAAUGGAAUCUCAUGUACGAUGCCACCGGAAAUUCAAGAAGCCAUGCUGAAAAAUAUCAUUGGACUCGAAGAAGUCAAAAUGCUACAACCGGGUUACGGUGUUGAAUACGACUAUAUCGAUCCUCGGGGACUCAAGAGAACACUGGAAACGAAAACGAUUUCAGGCUUGUACUUGGCAGGCCAAAUCAACGGUACAACAGGCUACGAGGAGGCUGCUGCCCAAGGCAUUGUGGCUGGCAUCAACGCCGGUUUGGGUUUCCAAAAUAAGAAACCACUAAUAUUGGAUCGGUCUGAUGGCUAUAUUGGUAUUCUUAUCGACGACUUGAUUACAAAGGGUGUUGAGGAGCCGUACAGAAUGUUUACCUCAAGAUCGGAAUUCAGAAUCAGUGUACGCGCUGAUAAUGCAGAUCUGCGCCUCACGCCUAAGGGACACGAACUUGGUUGUGUUUCUGCACAGCGGUGGGAUCAUUUCACCGAGGAGAAUAAGCUUUAUCAAGAGAGUUUGGAUUUUCUAAAAGAUUACAAGCUUCCAUCACAAGAGUGGGCCAAACUUGUGCCUCGUCUCAAAAUCAGGACAGAUUCAAGUUAUAAGUCUGCAUUUGACUUACUCCGGUAUGAAAACAUGUCAUUAGAUGACUUGAUUCCCGUUUUACACAAUAAAUCCCUGGAGGCACUUCCGCGGAAAAUAAAACAGAAAAUUGAUAUUCAUGGCGAUUAUCAAGGUUACCUAGGUAGAGAAAAUGCGCAGAUAAGAGCAUUCAAAAGUGACGAGAACCUAGUUCUUCCGACGAACUUUGAUUACACCAGUAUGUCAUCUCUCUCCUCAGAAGCAAGAGCUUUGCUUAACGAAUCAAAACCCGAAACAAUUGGACAAGCAAGAAGAAUUCAAGGCAUUACUCCCGCAGCAAUUUUCGAUCUCUAUCGUUUGGCCAAACGCGUUUGA